CAGAGAGGUGAUGAUGUAGAACUAAAAUACAAGGAGGGGGAAAGGAGACAGAAGAACAGCAGCUCAUUUGAUCAGCACCAAGGACAGAGACACCAAGCAGCUGGUUAACAAUAGCUUAUAAAACACCUCACCAAGAUCUCUGGGAAAUGAAUGGAUAGAGAAUCAGAUCCAAACUGCACAUCAUGAUUAUAAAGGAGAGCUUAGAGAAUUAUGACCCCACCAUCUUUACCUUGGAGGCAAAUGCAGGUGAUUUGUUGUUCUGCCUUCUCACACAGUUGCUGUGCCGCGGGAAGGACAAAGUUUGGGUUCCCCAGGGUAUACCAUUUCUGAGCCACAUGCAUCAGUGUUCUCUGUAAUCUCCAUCCAGAGCUGAAUCAGACUGACAAGGCUCUCUCCAUUUCCUGAUGGCUCCCUUCAGCAGAAUCAGCAGCUAUCUCAACUCAACUCUAUCAGUCCCACAAUGGCAAGAUAACACCACAGGACCUGGACUGCAGCCUUCUCAUGCCUACUAUGCCCUCUGCUACUGCAUCUUGAUUGUGGUCAUUGUUUUUGGCAAUAUUUUGGUCUGCCUGGCAGUUUUGAAGGAGCGUAGCUUGCAAACGACCACCAACUAUCUUGUGGUAAGCCUGGCAGUAGCAGAUCUGCUUGUGGCCACCUUGGUGAUGCCAUGGGUGGUAUAUCUUGAGGUGACAGGAGGAGUUUGGAAUUUCAGCCGUGUCUACUGUGACAUAUUUGUAACCAUGGACGUAAUGAUGUGCACAGCCAGCAUUUUAAACCUCUGUGCUAUCAGCAUUGACAGAUACACUGCAGUGGUUAUGCCUGUUCAUUAUCAGUACAGCACAGGGCCCAGCUCUUGCAGGAGGGUCUCCAUUAUGAUUGCAAGCGUCUGGCUGCUGGCAUUUGCUGUUUCCUGCCCUCUUCUCUUUGGCUUCAACACCACAGAAGAUCCCAAUAUUUGUUCCAUAUCCAAUCCCAAUUUUGUUAUCUACUCGUCUGUGGUGUCCUUCUAUCUUCCCUUUUUGGUGACCCUGCUGCUGUAUGUCCGGAUUUACAUAGUGCUGAGGCAAAGACAACGAAAGCGAGUCCUCACAAGACAAGGCAGCCGGCGUGUCAAAGCCUGUUAUAAACAGCAGCAACAUACCGAGAUAAAAGCUUUACACCAGAGGCCUCCGGAUACCCUGUCAUAUUGUUUACAAUUGAAGAGUUCUGGCCAGAAACUGUCUACUGAAAAGAAGCCUCUGACACCCACUGAAUUGCAGCAGUACUGCAGUUUCUGUCAUGAGGCUUCCAUCUCCAGUGUGGGGGAGAAAGAUGCUAUUGACCUGAAGAUGAGAAGGAAAACCUCCUGCUUAGAAGUACACAAGCUCAACAAUGGUCAAAUGGCAACCUCAGUGAGACUUCCAUCCCAGCAGCAUCGGACAAUACAGCUCCGAGAGAGGAAGGCCACCCAAAUGUUAGCUAUAGUUCUUGGGACAUUCAUAGUCUGCUGGCUGCCAUUCUUCUUAACACAUAUAUUGAAUACCCACUGCCAAGCCUGUCACAUCUCCCCAGAAAUUUAUGGAGCCACUAUAUGGCUUGGCUAUGUAAACAGUGCCCUCAACCCCAUCAUCUACACCACCUUCAACAGCGAAUUCCGCAAAGCUUUCCUCAAGAUCUUGUUUUGCUGAAAACGUGGAGAGUGACAUGUUACCUUCCAGGUGGAUGUGGCAGCUGAGAUGGUAUUGUAUGCACAUGAUUGGAUUUUGUCAGAC